UCUCUUUCGAUGUUUUUUCUUUGGUUGCGGGGGGGAACAAUUUCCAUAAUGCACGUCAGCAUGAACCUCUCGAAUCGCCCUCAAUUUCCUUGUGCCCCUUUGAUGACAAGCCCGGCCUCGUACUUAACAUCCCCAUCUAACUCGCGCAGUACCACCCUUAACUUAACUCCCGACCCAUUUUGAAUCGCUUCAACACCCUAACGCUACACCUGUGCCGAUCCAUACCUUCGCAUAGCAGAACAUCCUCAUCCGUUCACAUUUGUCUUCUCUGAACAGCUUCAAGGAAGGAUUCCCAAACAUCCAAUUUGAAUUGUGGCCUCUCAUCACCAACUGGGAGAAGUUCGCCUUUUGAUCAUGUUUCGAUUAAUGUGUUUCGCCGCUCUGGCCCUAGCGGUCACCGCUUGCCCGUUCGGUUGGUCCCAGUCCGGCCGUUCCUGCUACAAGGUCUCUCAGAUGGCCGCCACCUACGAGCAGGCUGCAAUGCUCUGCAGUCAGCAGAGCUCCUGCGAGACAGGAUUCGGUGGCCACCUGGUGUCCAUCACGACCGACUUCGAGAAGCAACAGGUGACCGACAUCCUUAACUUCAACCAGAUGGCGCGCAACGAGACGUGGCUUGGACUGAGGACCUACAACGGCCCCCUCCGCUGGGCCAGUGGCGAACCACUCAACCCAGCUCUCACCAACCCAUGGCAUCCGGGAAACCCCAUGCGAGGACCCAACAUGUGCACCGUAUCCUUCCAGAACAGAUGGGCCACCAGGAACUGCAACAUGAGGAGGCAAUUCAUCUGCGAAAUGGGCGGCAGCGCACCCCCUCCUGCCUUUUACGUCAACCAAGGAACCGCGAACCAAGAAACGCCAUGAUUUUUACCGCGGUCAACCUACGCAAAAGACGCGGUCAUCUCACCCGUAACGGCGUCAUCUCCGCAUACCAUCUGCUAUAGUUACCCAUGGACGUUUUAAAUUGUGAUCCUCCACUGCAGCUUUCGAAAUGUCAGACUUACUGUACUGUCAUAGAAAUACCGGCCAAAGCAAUAAACAUUUUAGAAAAUAUCCUUCGAUUUACGUUUAUAAUUCCCAACACCGAUGUACAGACCAUGCUUCCAAUAUUUAGAUGUAUAUUUGUUAACCCAAUUCCCUCCCCGAAAAAGUGAAUUGAAUGUUAUCAUUUUCUUUAAUUUUUUAUAAUUCCCAACCCCGAUGUACAAAUCAUGCUCCUAGUAUUUAGAUGUAUAUUUGUUAACCCAACUCCCUCCCCGAAAAAGUGAAGUGAAUAUUAUUAUUUUCAUUUCUUUAAUCUCUUAAUUUUGUCUUGUUUGUACCUUAAAUUUUAUGUCUUUUUUUCUUCAUGUGCCAUCGAUAAUUUUCAUUAUUUGAACAUGAUUUUGUAAUCUUGCCAUACUAGAGUUUAUAUGGAUAGACUGUACAUUUUGUCGUUCUGACAUUCAUUUUAGGAAUUUUAUAUGAAUUAAAUCAUUUUUAUUAAACUGUU